AUGUCGAGCCCGGGCGUCGACGGCGACCCCAAGCCUCCAUGCUUGCCUCGCAAUGGCCUGGUGAAGCUGCCAGGCCAGCCGAACGGCCUGGGCACAGCCAGCAUCACCAAGGGCACGCCGGCUGCCAAGAACCGCCCCUGCCAGCCACCCCCGCCCACCCUCCCACCACCCAGCCUGGCUGCUCCGCCACCCCGGGCUGCUCUGGCCGGGGGCCUGUGCCCCCAGGCAGGGCUCCCCCUUGGUGGACCAGCCUUAGCCCCAGUGCCCGGGCCCCCGGUAGAGCGGCCGCCACUGGCCACAGACGAGAAGAUCCUCAAUGGCCUCUUCUGGUACUUCUCAGCUUGCGAGAGGUGCGUGCUGGCCCAGGUGUGCAAGGCCUGGAGGCGUGUGCUCUACCAGCCCAAGUUCUGGGCGGGCCUCACGCCUGUGCUGCAUGCCAAGGAGCUCUACACAGUGCUGCCUGGAGGUGAGAAGGAGUUCGUGAACCUGCAGGGCUUCGCAGCACGUGGCUUUGAGGGUUUCUGCCUGGUCGGUGUCUCUGACCUGGACAUCUGUGAGUUCAUCGACAACUAUGCCCUCUCCAAGAAGGGCGUCAAGGCCAUGAGCCUCAAGCGCUCCACCAUCACUGAUGCCGGCCUGGAGGUGAUGCUGGAGCAGAUGCAGGGCGUGGUGCGCCUCGAGCUGUCAGGCUGCAACGACUUCACCGAAGCUGGGCUGUGGUCCAGCCUGAGCGCACGCAUCACCUCGCUGAGUGUGAGCGACUGCAUCAACGUGGCCGACGACGCCAUCGCGGCUAUCUCUCAGCUGCUGCCCAACCUGGCUGAGCUGAGCUUACAGGCCUACCACGUGACGGACACAGCACUGGCCUACUUCACGGCACGCCAGGGCCACAGCACGCACACGCUGCGCCUGCUCUCCUGCUGGGAGAUCACCAACCACGGCGUGGUCAACGUGGUGCACAGCCUGCCCAACCUCACCGCACUCAGCCUCUCUGGCUGCUCCAAGGUCACCGACGAUGGUGUCGAGCUUGUGGCCGAGAACCUGCGCAAGCUACGCAGCCUCGACCUCUCGUGGUGCCCACGCAUCACCGACAUGGCGCUCGAGUACGUGGCCUGCGACCUGCACCGCCUGGAGGAGCUCGUGCUGGACAGGUGUGUACGCAUUACGGACACUGGCCUCAGCUAUUUGUCCACCAUGUCGUCCCUUCGCAGCCUCUACCUGCGAUGGUGCUGCCAGGUGCAGGACUUCGGGCUGAAGCACCUCCUGGCCAUGAGGAGUUUGCGUCUCUUGUCUCUGGCAGGCUGUCCGCUGCUGACCGCCACCGGGCUGUCGGGCCUGGUGCAGCUGCAGGAGCUGGAGGAGCUGGAGCUCACCAACUGCCCUGGGGCUACCCCCGAGCUCUUCAAGUACUUUUCGCAGCACCUGCCCCGCUGCCUCGUCGUCGAGUAG